CCCCCGGUUUCUCCUCGCUGGGUUUCGGUUUCUCUCCCAUUCGCAUGGACGACGCCUCCUCCUCCUUCUCCUUCUCCUUCUCCUUCCUGCUUCUUCUUCAUACGACUAAUAUCUAUCUCCUUUCCAUCCAUCCAUCCUCGACUCCUCCUCCUCCGAUUUUUACACCUACCCGGCCACCCCGAUCCCCCUCCCUCAAGAUCCGAUUUUUCUCUCCUCUUUGUCAUGCCCUUGCAGCUCGGAGGAGGCAAAGGGAGGAUCGACCUGCCCGCCACCGACAAGGACCGCCCCUCGUCCAAGAAGAACCGCCGCCGCCACAAGAAGCCCGCCGCCGCGCCGCCUCCUCCGCCCACGCCCACGCCCACGCCCACGCCCGUGCCCGCGAUGCAGAGCCUGUUCGACACCAGCAAGGAGGUCUUCCGCGAUUCCUUCCCGGGCUUCGUGCCGCCGCCCCAGGCCGUCGCGCGCCUCGCCGCCCUACUCAAUGAUUUGAAACCACAUGAUGUUGAAAUUGAGCCAAGUAUGUCAUGUUUCAAGAAUGUUGAUUCUAAAGGGCCUCCUAGGGUGACAUAUCUUCAUUUUUACGAUUGCCCCAAGUUUUCGUUUGGUAUAUUCUGCUUACCAAAGUCAGCUGUAAUUCCCCUCCACAAUCAUCCCGGGAUGACAGUCUUCUGCAAGAUACUGUUUGGCUCCAUGCACUUGAAGUCCUACGACUGGGCUAAAAGUGCCCCAGAUAGUGAUAGUACUGCACUUGAGACCUCAGAAGGAGCUCGUUUAGCGAAGGUAAACACAGAUGCAGUUUUCGAUGCUUCAGCGGAGACCACAGUUCUAUACCCUGAAAACGGAGGGAAUUUGCACUGUUUUACUGCAAGGACACCUUGCGCUGUGCUUGACGUGAUGGGACCCCCAUACAACCGUGCGGAUGGAAGGGACUGCUCAUACUACGAUGAGUUGCCAUACAUGAGUUCAUCCGGUGGUGAUGCACGGUACGCGUGGCUCAAAGAAAAUCAUAGUACAUUCGAGAUGAAAGGUGUACAGAUGCCACAAAGGUUUAUUGUCUAGAAAUGACACACAAAAUCAUUCUGUGGCAACACCUGCAACCAUUUCCUCUGAAGAAUAUGGUCCUCCUCUAGCUUACUGUAGAUACCUGUAACGGCGAAGACAGGGCAGAUGGUACAAGGGAAGAUGUGGCCACUAAGCAUACAGACUAGCAAACUCUAAGUGACACAGUGUUUGGUUUCUUCUUAUUUUGUCAGGAUUGAAACAAUCUCUUGUGAUUUUUCAGAUGACUGUGCUUCCUCUUAUGUUAUCCUCUGAUAGUGCAAAAUUGGGAUUGGGCGAUACAUUGAACAAGUCUUUGUUUUUUGUGUCAUGAUCAUUUUUUUGGUUUCCCUGUAGAACUGUACACAGGCGUUUUUGGAAAGUGAUCAUGUACCGAAUUCAGACUGUA